CUCCCCCUCCCCCCCUCCAUAACCUCCCGCCUCAUCCCAACCACUCCCACCCUAACCACCCACAUCCUCGAAUCCAAUUCCCCCACAACAACAACAACGACUCCACGCCCCCGCAAACUCAUCCUCCUCCUCCACGGCUUCCCCGAACUCGCCUACUCCUGGCGCCACGUCCUCCCCCAACUCUCCAUCCAAGCCGGACCGGACUACCACAUCGUGGCCCCAGACGGGCGCGGCUUCGGGCGCACCACGGGCUGGGAAAAAGACGCCCCCAACUACCCCGACUCGAACCUCACCACUUUCACAGGCCUAUCCUUAGUCCGGGAUGUGGUGAGUCUAGUCCACGCACUGGGCUACACCACCGUGGAAUGCGUAGUAGGUCAUGAUGCAGGCGCUGUGACGGCGGCGUUCUGCGCCGUCGCCAGACCCGAUAUGUUUCGGAGUGUCGUGUUGCUAAGUCAUCCGUUUCCGGGGGUUCCGGCGCCUGGUAUUACUAUUGCCCAGGAGAAGAAGAAUAAUAAUAAGAAGAAGAAGAAGAAAGAUGAUGAUGAUGAUGAUGAUGAUGAUGAGGGUAAGGGAAACAAAAAAGAAGGAGAUAUACAAACCGACCUAAACAACCUCGGUCUAAAACACUAUAAAUGGUACUACUCUACCGAAAACGCCAGCGCGGAGAUGGAGAACCCCGCGCAAGGUCUCCACGACUUCCUACGGGGGUAUUUUCAUCUGAAGAGUGGAUGCUGGGAAGGGAAUGACCCUUCGAACAUGGGACCUAUUUCCUCGUGGACGGGGGAACAGUUAGCCAGAAUGCCGGGGUAUUAUAUCAUGCCGGUGGGGUUGAGUAUGCCCGACACGGUGGAGGAGAUGAUGCGGCAGGCGAAUGCGGAGGGUGUAUCGAAGAGUAAGAAGUGGAUGAGUGAUGAGGAGUUGUCGGUGUAUGUGGGGGAAUAUGCGCGUACGGGGUUCCAGGGCGCGUUGAAUUGGUAUCGGGUGCGGACGACGCCGGAGAGGAAAUUUACUUGGGAUUGGGAGGUGUUUGCUGGGCGGAGGAUUGAGAUUCCGUGUGCGUUUGCCUCGGGGGAGAGUGAUUGGGGGGUGUAUCAGGAGCCUGGGGCGUUGGAGAACAUGCGGAAUGGGACGAGUUGUGGGGAUUUGAGGGAGGUGAGGUUGAUUCCUGGGGUGGGGCAUUGGGCGCCGCAGGAGGCGCCGGGGGAGGUGGUAGAGGUCAUUUUGGGAGUGGUGAGGGGGUUGUAA